AUGCCAUUGAACAAUGUCAGAAGACCAGAUUUGGUCGCUACUUAUAACCACACACCGGCUCCAAAGGGGUUAUACAGCUCUUCCUCCUCCUCCCAAGGUAUGCUAAGUCAAUCUAUGCCAAUGGCUGCUAUGUUCAUGAAAAACAAGUUCCUUGCAUGGUUUGCUGUUUUGACUACGUGGCACGUAUUCCUUACUUCCCAACCAGAUCCAUCCAACCCAACUGAUUCACCAUUCAUGAAAAUCGGUAUGGCUGUAUUAGCUGUUGGUAUGAAUUACUUAGGAUUGUUCUUCCCAGGUACUCAACCUCCUCCACUCGGUGUUGUUCCUAAAGCCACUUCCGAUUCAUCGGCUACUACAACUGCUUGA